CCUUUCAGUUUCGUUUCUCGCAGACGGGCUAGCCUGCCGUGUCUACAGCCAUGGCAAAAGCUGGGGAAAAAUCUGGAGGGGCUACCAGCCUGGAGAAUGAGCUCAGCUGUCCUGUCUGCCUGUGUCUGUAUAAGGACCCAGUCAUGCUGAGCUGUGGUCACAACUUCUGCAAGCAGUGCAUCCGGAAGGUACUCGAUAGCCAACAGCGAUCCCCUGCCUCCUGCCCUAUGUGCAAGAUGCAGCUGGGGCCCAAUGUGGAGGUGCAGAAUAAUUUUCAGCUGCGCAGCAUCGUGGAGACAUUUCUGGCCGCCAAUUCCAAAGGACAACAGGAGGAUGGCUCUGAAGAGAGGAAGAAGGCGAUGGUUCUCUGUGACUUCUGCCUGGACAAGUCUGAGCCAGCGGUGAAAACCUGCCUGAUGUGUGAUGCAUCUUUAUGCCAGGCCCAUUUGAGCAAACACAAUGCCACGGCUUCCCAGCAGGACCACGUACUGGUGGAGGUGGGCACAGGCGGUGUGGCAGAGAGGAGAUGCCAGGAGCACGGCAAGCUGCUGGAGUGCUACUGCCGGAACGAGAGGCUGUACAUCUGCUUGCUCUGCUGUAUUGUGGGACAGCACAAGGGCCACGACAUCAUCACCCUGAAGGAGGCACAUGAGGAACAGCUGGCUGAACUAUCGAACAUAGCAACAUGGCUGCAGGAACGUGAAAACGCUUUAGCUGCUGCCCUGGAAGGACUUCUGAAGAAUGAGCGGCAGCUCAAGACCAACAUAAAAACAGUGAUUUCCCAGACGGAAAGCCUGUUUGAACAGCUGAAGACAGACAUCAUUAAGGAAAAGACGAGGAUCCUGCAAGACAUUGAAUCCAUUGAGAGAAAAAACCUGACAGGGAUUCCUGAAAUGAAGGGGGAAAUUCAAAAACUGAGAGGUGAGGCUGUGGAGCUUCUUCAGUCUUUGCAGAAGAUGAAAGAGCAACCAGAUGUUUUCCGCUUCUUCAAAGAAUUUAAACUGAUCAAGGACAGGAUUUACAGUCAGGAUUUCAGCGUCAACAUGGUGGGCAUGGAGGUGCUGGAGAUGGAUCAGGCCUGGAUUGGCUCCUACAAACGCUUAGCACAGGACUUCAUCAGCAACAUGAAGGCACUGUUGAGAGAAGUGCAAUGUGAGUCCUGAGCCACUGGCUCUGCACCACUGACCC